UCCCUCUUCUCACACUUACCAGACAAAACCCUAAAAAUAAUAAACCUAAUUUCCUCCCAUAUAAACAAUGGCCAACACCACCAAGCUCAUUUCCAUCAUUUUCAUCCUCUCUCUCCUCACACUUUCACCGGCGUGCAACGCAUGCACCACGCCGGCUCCGGUGACUCCAGCUCCAACUAUAGACAAGUGCCCUAUUGACACCCUUAAAUUAGGGGUAUGUGCUGAUAUUUUAGGGCUAGUCCAUGCAGUUAUAGGAAACCCUCCCUCUGGGCCUAAAUGUUGUGCCCUAAUUAAAGGACUUGCUGAUUUAGAAGCUGCAAUUUGUCUAUGCACUGCUCUUAAGGCUAACAUUCUUGGCAUUAACUUAAAUGUCCCAAUUACUCUUAGUGUUCUUCUUAGUGCUUGCCAAAAGGAUCUUCCUGAUGGAUUCAAAUGUUGAUUAAUUAAUAAGCUAUGAUUUAAUCAUUUUAUUUGCAUUUAUUUAUAUCAUAUUAUAUGCCUAGCUAUUAAUUAGGAAUUAUAAUAAAUUAUAUAUCAAAGUUCAUACAUUGAUAUAUUUAUUUAUAUAGCUAGGUCAUUUAUUUAAGACAGAAAAUUUUAUAAUUAAUUUGCAUGUAUUUGAAUGUAAUAUUUGUUUUUAUUAGUUGUUU